UCUUUACCCUGACAGUACACUGAGCGGAGAGACAUGAGGGAAGUCAGCUACACAACUGGCUCUCUGAGUGUGUUUUAUUUGGUCGGCAGUCUGUGCUGUCUUACCGUUCCUGAAAUUUACCAAAAAACAUGUGAUUUUGGAUUGUAAGUGCUGGAAACACCGGAAACAGGUCCAAUGCGCGGACCAGGCGUGUUCACGUGUGCAGUCGCCGCUCUCCACCUGGUCCUUCUCGCGUCCUCUCUCGAGAUCCACGGACAAAAUGUACUCGUGGUCAGAGAGAAAUGGUCCAAUGCUGACAAGAAGCAGAUCUUGCCCCGGAUAAGUCUCUCGACGGACGAGUUCGACGGUUCCGAUGCCUGCGUGAGUCUGCGUCUGCGCAUGAAGCCCCUGUCCAAUAAAACCCUACAGAUCGAGUUCAACGAAUUAGGCAUUCAAAAUUACUGCGUUCUUUUGAUCCAGAGAGGUCGUCAUGACAACAACACUAUUUGGUGGAAAGAGUUGUUUAAGGACCAGAGAAGUAAAGUUAAAAUUAGAAAACACUCUUCCAUCAACAAACAUCUGGACGUCCGAAGAGAACGUGUGUGGGAGUUGCAGUAUAAAUGUUUUAUGGCCAUGGGAGGCAGUACAGUCCAUGUGGCUGUGCUUGACUUCAACCAAACGCUCAUUAGCGACUCAUACACUGUAAAUCAGCCACCCGAAGAUUACCGAGUGCCUGUGUAUAAAGUAACACCAGAUAUCCUUUCGAAGCACUUUGUCGUUGACGUGGAGGCAGGCCAAGAAGUGCACAUGAGGUUAUGCUACAAAUCCAUCACAGUGUGUGAAAAAAUCAUUUCCCAAAAGAUCAACUCUGAUCUUAAUCGCACAGUCACUUUACAUCUUCCUUAUUUGGUGCCCUGUUUGUGUGUGGAGAUGUAUUACACGGGAGUCGAUGCCAGAAGACACACCACAUGCCCACUAAAAGACAAAAUACUACCCGGAGGUGGAGAAGUCUUGUCCAGCAGCUCACUGCAGCUCUUUGGUAGCUCAGUUCUCCAGUGGGAGCAUCACUGCCCCUCAGUCCAGUUCAAACCUGAUGUCUCUCUCUGCUGGCAACCUUCUAGAAAUCACUCGCAGUGUAUUUCUAUACAAAACUCCACACUGCUGAUGAGAGACCUGAAAUACAACGUGUCUGAUGUAGACAAGCAUCCCCACAUGUGUUUGAAGUUUUUUCUAAACGAAAGCCAUCAGGUCUUCUGCCCCUUCAGCUCAGAUUUAUCAGAAUGGGACGUUACAGUAGUUCCUGGAUCUUGGCGUCUCUACGUACGUCUCUCCUCCAGUAUCCCAGCAUCCUUUUCUGCCCAGCUCUGUGUGAAAGAAGGAGGAACAUGUGACCUGAAAGAGAAUGUGCACACUGUUCAGAUGGAAGAAGGAAUGAGAGACGUGGAGAUGACUGUGACUCUUCCCUUUUUCACCUCAGGACUGUGUGUUCAGGUGUGGCGGUCUGAGCCUGCUCUCCGUGGAAGGAGAAUCAUAUGUCCUGACUUUACUCACAGGAGAUGGGGUCUUGUCGUUGCUGCGUCACUGGUUCUCCUGGUCACCAUAACAACAGUGUGCAUCGUCACCUACAAGCUGAUCAAACGGCAGACAUCAGUAUGGCGCUCUGCUGAGAGAAAACCCGUUUUGCUGGUCUGCUCCACGGAUGAAACUAGUCACAUUUCGGCUGUGUGCGCUCUAGCAUACGGCCUGCAGGAGGAGCUGCGUAUGGACGUACGCUUGGCUCAGUGGGCCCAAUGCAGCACUCAGAAAUCUCUGGCCCAGCUAGGCCCCGCCCCCUGGCUCUACGGCCAGUGCCAGCAGGUGCACAGUGUCGGUGGCAUGGUGCUCAUAGCCUGGAGCCCUAAAGCCCAGCAGACUUUCCUACAAUGGAGGGAGAGUGAUAGUGGAGGAAAAGUGGGCAAGACGGGACAGAAGGACAAAAUGCUGUUAGAAGAAUGGAGCGAUAAACAAGGACAAAAGUGCAUAGAGAGCCAGUCCUCUAUCACAGCUUCAGUGUUUAACGCCAGCCUCACAAGCAUGUGGGCGGGACUCCAGAGCGAGAGGCAUGGUCAAGGAUUUGGUCUCGUGUGUUUCCAAGGCUUAAGUGGCACAAGGUGUAUUCCGAAGGAGCUCAGAGGCAUUCGGAGAUACUGCCUUCCUAGAGAUCUCUCCAACCUGAUACACGAACUGGAUAUAAAUGUACAUGGACCAAGAAGCAGGGACCAAAACAGGAGUAAAUGGUGCUGUUGGCCCCGCCUCUUCUCCAAAGGACUGUCUUUCUGGUUGUCACAGAGGCUCGCUCGGAGACUGGACGCAUGGCUUCCUCGGACACCAGCGAAGCCAGACAGGAAGUGUCUUCUGAAACCGUCCCAUAAAGUUCCGAGUGAAAAGGCUUUAAAUAAAAAGUUGAAAAAGGAAAGAAGGGAAAAUAUCUGUCCCCAUGCAGUGGCAGAAAAAAAUGUAGAAUGUAAUCUGGACACACAGAAAGCGCUGCUGGGGUGAUUUAUACUUUCUAAGUGGACAUGAUGGACCAGGGGGCAAAAAAAAAUCAGUUUUCCAUUGCCUGACUGACAUUCUUAACUUCUUAACAUUACCAAAGUGUUUGUUUUUAUUACCUCAAAGGGUGCAGGUGUUUCCAACACAUCCAACAGAUCUUCAUCAUGCAUUUCUCCAGUUAUGUAGAAUCUGUAAAAAGUAUUGAAUAUUGAUGUAUCGAUAUGUUUAUCUGUGUAUAGGUGACUCUUUCUUUCUCAUGUUGUAGUGUGUGUGUGUGUGAAACAGUACUUGCUCUGUGAGACCUUUGCUCCAGGUCAAAUAUACACUAUCAUUCAAAAGUUUGGGAUAACCUGGAAAUGUCCUUGGUUUCCAAAGAAAUCCCAUCUUUAUCCAUUUCAAAAAGAUCUACGUCGCUGCACAGAAGCCCAUUACCAGCAAUAUCAGUCCUCUGUUUCAAUCUCAUGUUAUGUUUCCUAAUCCAGGUUAAUCAUUUUAUAAGGCUAAUUGAUUUAUUAGAAAACCCUUUUGCAAUUGUGCUAGCACAGCUGAAAUCUGUUGUAUUGAUUAAGAGAGCAAUAAAUGUGGCCUUCUUUAGGUUAGUUUAGUAUCUGGAGCAUCAUAACACACCAGUGGUGUAGUAGUAUCAUGCACUUCCCAUUUUGUGAACCGGGUUUGAUUCCCGGCUGGUGUAGACUCAUCCUUUGCUGCCAUUUAUGCUGUUUGGAAAAACUCUUUGCAAUGGCUGUAAAUGUGGAGUCAAUUUGAACCUCUUAAUAGAACUUUCUGUGAUAAGCUGCUGCUAUUCCAAGUCUAGGUAUCCAAAAUGUAGUGGGAUCAGCAAGGUUGUAUGUUAGUGGUAAAGGUGUAGGGCUCCUGGUGUUUGUGGUAAGGUUGUGAGUUUGAAUCCCAGGUCCACCAAGCUGCCACUGCUGGGCCCCUGAGCAAGGCCCUUGACCCUCAAUUGCUCAGAUGUAUUAAAAAAAAGUUAAAAAUAAAUUGUAAGUCUCUCUGUAUAAGGGUGUCUGCCAAACGCCAGAAAUGUAAAUGACAAGUUGUGGGUUUGUUUUCAGGCUCAAAAUGGCCAGAAUGAAAGAACUUAUCUUACAAUGCUGUGAAAUACUUUAUAGAACAGCGCAAACCGUUUCUAACCAGAAAGGAACCAGGUUCUAACGGAAAACGGAGUGGGAGACACCAGUGCUCAACUGGAAAACAACGAUGUGUACAAAUCAUCCCAAACUUUUGACCAGUAGUGUAAGUGAUGACCUUUUAGUAGUAUCAGUUGAUCAUAUGUUGAACAUAUGUUCAUAAGUGAAUCUGUGGUCUUCAAGAUUACUCGGCAGCACAUGGUCCCUCACUUCAACUUUUUCGGUGUAACAUAACACAGAGUCAUCCUGUAUGACCCCAUGAAUGACUUCAUAUGCACUGGUAUUUUUUUAUAGUAUUAUUUGUGAAUAGUCUCACAGAGAAUGUAGUAGGCCAUUCAGCAUGGCCCUUAGCCCUUAACUGCUGUGCUGUGUGUUUAGAUCAGAUAUCUAACAGGUUAAGUAAUGACUGAAAUCACUUUUGUCUCUUCUGUGAAUUUUUGCAGCUAUGCACCAGCAUCUGUUAAUAAUAUAAUAUAUACAUAUAAUAUAAUAAUGCAAUGUAUAUGCCAUUUGCAUGUUGUAUAUUGUUAUGCAUUUUUAUAUCAAUCUAUUAAACCAAACCUGCCUCAACGUCUUUAUAUCCAUCCUUUCAACCCACUUAGUAUAGUCUGAAUAACGAAAUCCAAGCAUAGAAUCUUAUUUAGAUGUACAAGGUCCGCUGUUAUUCGGAAUCUUCAGUACACUUCUAGAUUAUGUUUUUUGAGUGUGUAUGAGGAGUACAAUAUGCAUUAUGUGAUCUAGGCAAGUUUGCACAUGCAAACUUGGGGUUGUUUAUGUUUUAGACUCUGCCUAGGAGACACACAA